GAAACUCUCACCUUCUCUGACCAAUGGGCUGCCCAGCUCGAACCAUACUUGCCGCCAUCAUCACCACCACCACCACGGCCAUCGCCCUCACCAAGGCAACCGUUCCUAACCCUCACGUACGCCCAAUCCCUCGACGCCCAGCUCGCUUCCGCCCCAGGCCUGAGAACAACCCUCUCGGGCCCGGCCUCCAAAGCCAUGACCCACUACCUGCGCGCCCGCCACGACGCCAUCCUGGUCGGCGUCGGCACCGCUGUGGCAGAUGACCCGGGCUUGAACUGUCGGCUGCGUCGUCUGGUUGGUGGUGGUGGUGGGAAGGGGACGACGGCGACAGCUUCGAGCAGUGGGGAGGAUGGCCGGGGGCCUCGCCCUGUCAUACUGGACCCGGGGGCGCGGUGGCGGGUGGGGUCGGAGAGUAAAGUGGUUCGGCUGGCGAGGGAGGGGACAGGGUUGGCGCCGUGGGUUGUUUGUGCUGAGGGGGCGGUGGUGCAGGAGGAGGCGAGGAGGACCGUGGAGGGGGUGGGGGGACGGUAUCUGCGGGUGGCGGCGCGGCGGGUGGAGGAGGAGGAGGAGGAGGGUGGCAGGAGGUGGAGGGUCGCGUGGGAGGAUGUGCUGGGGUUGCUGGGGCGGCAGGGCGUAGGGAGCUUGAUGGUUGAGGGCGGGGGGAGGGUGGUGAAUGACUUGCUUGCGCUGGGAGGCAAGAAUGGUGGUGAUGAUGACGAUGGCAGCAGUAGUAUGGUGAGGAUCGAUUCGGUCAUUGUUACUAUUGCGCCGGUGUGGUUGGGUGUUGGUGGGGUGAGGGUUGCGCCGGGGAGGGCGGUGGAUGGUUCGGGGGGCCCGAGGUUGAAGGAGGUUACUUGGGUGCAGAUGGGGGAGGAUAUGGUUGUUGCUGGGAGGUUG